UUAAAGCAAGCAUCAUUUUAAGCUCUUAAGCACAAACUAUCCCAAUUAAAAAAUGUGUUUUGAUCUUUGCAUCAAAUAGUUGGGGCCAGAUUCGGCAGUUAGGUAUGAUCAUUAUCCUUUAAACAAAUCAAAUGGAAAAGAACGAAUAUUGCAACGUUUGACACGCCAUACAAAUUUAUAUGGCUAACUUCUAUAUUUGUAAACAUAUAUGUUAAAAGCCUAGAAACCUAGAAAGAUUACUGCGGGUACACAACGAUAUCCGACAUUGACGAGUAUCACGGGGUCAUCCUUUUAUCAUGCCAUAUAUAAUUAUAUAUAUAGAAAGAUCAGACCUGGAACCCAGUAAAACUGUCAGAUUAAGCUGACAUGGUUGGCGUGACAGUAAUCGGCGCUGGCGUAGUUGGCCUCUCUACUGCCGUCAACAUACAGCGUCUCCUUCCGUCUUGUCACGUGACUAUUGUAGCAGAACACAUAAUAGAAGGAACGACAAGUUUUGGAGCUGGCGCUAUUUUUAGACCGACGUCAGAGUAUAUUCCAGGAGUUAACAUAGAAAGAGCCAAAAAAUGGACACAAGACGGAUGGGACCACUUUUCCUCUCUAGCUAUGUCAGAAGAAGCUGGUACAGCAGGCAUUGCCAUAACACCUUCAUUCAUGUUAAGUCAAACAGAAAUAUCGGAUCCUCUUUAUAAAGAUGUUGUGUUCACGUUUCACGAUUUAAGAGAAGAAGAAGUGAGAAAGCUGGGGUUUAACAAAUACUUUAAGUUUGGGUAUCUUGUAACUACAGUUGUUAUUACAACAAAAUUAUACCUUGCAUGGCUUCUCAGAAGGUUUCUUCAAAAUGGCGGGAAAAUUGAACGAAGACGAGUUAAUAGCAUAGAUGAGUUUGUUGGACGGUGCGAUGUCGUUGUAAAUUGUUCUGCAAUAGGCAGUCGUCAGUUGUUCGGAGACAAAAAGAUUUAUCCAAAUCGAGGACAGCUUUUGAGAGUGAAAGCACCAUGGAUAAAAUAUUGUGUAUAUACAGACGGGGAUGCAUAUAUAAUUCCAAACCAGGACCUGGUGGCGGUCGGAGGAUGCAGGGAAGAUAACAAUUUCAACACAUCCAUAAGUAAAGAAGAUUCAAAAGCAAUCAUGGAAAGAUGUUGCAAAAUUUGCCCUUCUUUAAAGUCAGCUGAAAUCGAUAAUGAAUGGGUAGGGCUGAGGCCGAUUCGAUCCCCUCUUAGACUUGAAAAAGAAGAUAUACAGUCAGAUCGUGGCAAAAUGAUUGUUGUUCAUAAUUACGGGCAUUGUUCAGACGGUAUUGGAUUGAGUUGGGGUACUAGUAUGGAAGCUGCCAACCUUGUUGUAAGCUGUAUAAAUUCUCAGUCCAAGUUGUGAUAUUCAACAUGUGUCUAGUUUAACAUUCGAGCCAUUUAUUGAUAUAAAAUGUGCCCUUUCUUUCUUUUAUCUUUUCUAAUAAAAACUAGAGGUACUGUGAGUACUGAGCUCUGUAAAUGAUAC